AUGGCGCUCGGCCUCGGAGGCUCCAGGGCGCGCUCGGCUGCCGGGCUGCGGGGCGGCGGUGCGCUCCGGCCUCCAGGGCGCGCGGCUGCGGGAGGAGAUGCGGGCUGUGCUGCGAAGUUGGUGGUAGCUGUGGCAGUGUUUUUACUGACAUUUUAUGUUAUAUCUCAAGUAUUUGAAAUUAAAAUGGAUGCAAGUUUAGGACAUUUAUUUGCAAGAUCAGCGUUGGACCCCGCUGCCCGUGCUACUAAGCCACCCAGAUACAAAUGUGGCAUCUCAAAAGCUUGCCCUGAGAAGCACUUUGCUUUCAAAAUGGCGAGUGGAGCAGCCAACGUGGUGGGCCCCAAAAUUUGUGUGGAAGACAAUGUCUUAAUGAGUGGUGUUAAGAAUAAUGUUGGAAGAGGGAUCAAUGUUGCUUUAGUAAAUGGAAAAACAGGAGAAGUAUUAGACACUAAAUAUUUUGACAUGUGGGGCGGAGAUGUGGCCCCAUUUAUUGAAUUUCUGAAGUCCAUACAGGAUGGAACCAUAGUCUUAAUGGGAACGUACGAUGACGGAGCAACCAAGCUCAAUGACGAGGCUCGGCGGCUCAUUGCUGAUCUGGGGAGUACGGCCAUCACGAAUCUCGCCUUCAGAGAUAACUGGGUCUUCUGUGGUGGGAAAGGCAUUAAGACAAAAAGCCCCUUUGAACAGCACAUAAAGAACAAUAAGGAUACAAACAAAUAUGAAGGGUGGCCGGAAGUCGUGGAGAUGGAGGGCUGCAUCCCUCAGAAGCAGGACUGA